AUGUUUGCCAAACACUAUAAGCAUGGUUUGAAAUCACUGGUGUUGACCAUCUGGGACAUGGAGUUAGAGUCGUAUACCGCACUCAUGUCUUGCUUGAUACAAAUGCAGGCAUUAAUUGAUUUGAAAGUAGUUGAGAGUCAUUUGGACGACGAUAUGAUGGCAUUAAUGCCGCAGAAAUUACGUGAUAUUGCCCUUUUUGUCUCAAAUGUAUUCAAUGGAUGGCAAAGAGGUUCCCUAGCAGAUCUG